AUGGCGGAUAUGCGUCGAAAGUUUGCCAUGAAGCGGAAGCUGGACCGACUGGAACAAGCGGAGGACACCUUGCUACACCUAAUAGGUGCCUUACGAGGGAGUGAAAACACACGCAUCGCACAAUUACUAAACCUGAUCCGGAGUAAUGCUUCCUUUGAUGAGAUUGCAGUUUUCUUGGAGCAACAGUUUUCUCGAGCUGAGAUUGAAAGAUCACCCGAACUGCGCGAGUUCCGACGUCAGCUCUCCCGACCUUCAGACGAGGACGAUGACGACGGGAACGAGGGUAAUGCACCUCGGAUUCCGCGGCGGAUACUCGAGGUGCGCCGCCUCGCCGAUAUCCCAGUAUACAAGGUCCCCGCGAAGCCCUGGACGACGGUCACAGACGAUGACGAUCUGGUGUCACACUUGGUGUCCUUGUGGUUAACAUGGACUUACCCGUGGUUUGACUGGCUAGAUAAGGAUGCCUUCAUUCGCGAUAUGCAGGCGGGGAAUUUGAACUGUCGGUUCUGUUCGCCAUUUCUGGUGAAUGCUAUCCUUUCCGAGGCGAGUUAUUUUUCCGACUACGCCGAAGUCUUUACCGUCCCCGGUGAUAUGUUCUCUCGCGGCGACCACUUCUACGAGGAAGCCCGGCGAUUGCUCGAAGCAGAAGACGAGGAGGUCCCCAGCAGUAUACCGACUAUACAAGGCCUUGUUGUGCUAUUUAUACGGCUUGUCUUGAUGGGUAAGGAUCGCGUGGGAUGGAUGUAUAUGGACCUCGCUGUGCGAGCCGGGAAGGAGUAUGAAUCUUCGCACCCACCUCUUCCUAUCGAAACGGAAUCGGUGCGACAGAUCGAGAACGUGGCCAACCGAACAUUGUGGGGAGUUUACAACAUGGCUUUGACGGCUGCAGUGUCCUUGAUGAAACACAUAGAUAUCAGCCCCCCUCCGCGACCGCGUGUGCCCAUCAACCAUGAAGAUCCUCUCGAUGUAUGGUCUCCCUAUCCUCAGCUGGUACAACCGGUACGGGGUUACCAUAAUUGCGUAUUCGACCGGUGGUGUGAUUUUUCUUUCAUCACGCUCCGAAUCAGCCGAGCUCUUCAUGAUCCCGAUAACAGUCCACCUCAAUGCGAGACCGCAGCUACUAUCAAUGACAUAUACCAGCAGCUACAGAGUUGGUACGCGAACUUACCGGAAUGUCUACGCCUGGAAAAUGCCGAGGUACCACAUGUUUUGAGUUUACACCUAUUUUACCACACAAAUGUCAUGCAAAUCUUUGGAUUCCUCCAAUCAAAUAGUGGCGACUUUAUAGCCCCAGAAACUGCGAAAAAUGCCAAAGACCUCUGCCUCUCGACAGCUAGACGUAUCGCUCAGAUCCUCAGUAUCCACCGCGAGAAAUGGGGCAUCGACCGGCUGGCCCCCUCCACCGUCCAGUGGGCAAGUAUCGGUCUUUUUACUCUUCUUGAAGCCCUCGACUCACCUGAGAAUCGAAAGGCGUUCAUUGAACUUUGUAUUUUUGCCCGGGCUAUGUCCCGACGCUUCGCUCUGGCCAAGGGCAUUCUUCGCAUGAUCCAGGUAACCGCACAGCAGACGGAGGUAUCCUUGCCGACGGAAACAGAUGCCCUCUUCCUGGAUUUUGAGACACAGACGUGGCGUGAAAGGGAUUCCCUGUCGUUUAGUAGUUUUUAUCCACACUUUUUGACAGUAAUCCGACAGGGAAAGGUUCGACAAUCUGACGUGAGUAUGGAUCUGUUUCUGGAGAAAUGGGAUAACUUAAUAUCGGCGACGGACCACCCAAGAAGGAAAGGGAAGAGUGAACCAUUGUGGGAUAAGAGUGGUUGA